GCUUCAUCGUCGGGUCGGCGUACAUGGAGUCGGUCCCAGACCCCGACUUUCUCACCGCUAACUAUCAGAAGCUCAUGCGCAUCGCGGAGAGCAUGCGCUACUUCUCCGCCCCUUUCAUUUUCGCAGGUGACUGGAACACGGAGCCUGCCAACAUGGAGGUGCUGGGCUUCUUGCAGAUCAUGCCUGCCAUUGCGGUGGCCACUCAAACGUCGGGCACUUGUCGUUCGGCAAAGACGGGCACUUACAGCACCAUCGACUACUGGCUGGCCUCACCUGACUUUGCGAAGGCUUGUGGCGUCCCCUACGUGCUCGACUCUUGGGUCCCGAGGCCCCACUAUCCUGUGCGCAUGGAUCUCGACGCGAAGCCCAGGGCGCACAUGCAGAUGCACCUGAAGGCGCCCAAGCCUUUCCCCAAGCAGGCGCCGCGGUGCUCACGGGCCAGUCCCUUGUAUGGACCGCCCAAAUUGCAACCCUACCUGGACGUGGUCAGGCAAGAUGCGGAUCUGGGACAACCUGAAGAUGGUGAUCAGGCACAGCGGCGGCUCGACGGCCUCCACGCCAACUUCAUCUCGUUCGUGGAGCAGGACCUCUGCCACAUCAACCAGGUGGACGUGCAGGAUCGCGAGAAGUAUUGUGGUAGAGCGGAAGCUCCUGCAUAUGUCUGGCGUCCAGCGGGAGGGCCCAUCCUCAAAGGGGCUCCAGCAGCUGGCCCCGAAGCCCGCUGCAUGCGCAACGUGACCUUCGCGCUGCAAGACCUGGCCGCUCAACUUGAAAGGGCAGAGCCAACAGGUCAUCUUUCGCCAGCUACCACAUCGGCUUCGACUUACUCAGGCGUCGUCGGCAUCGCGGGCUCCAGCUCUCAGUUGAAGUUUGAUGCUGGCAUGGCUGCGCAGCGGACGGCGCCACGUGAUCGUGACAAGGAUGCAGUUUCUCGCGUGACAUCUACUUAUUCAGGUGACGCCAACGACUCGGGCUCCAGCUCUCAUUUGAAGAUUGCAGUCGGCAUGGCUGAGAAGCGGGCAUCACCACGGCAUCGAGCAAGGCGGAGCCACAUGGACACGACGAAGGGCCAGAUCGAGGAGGGCUUCGCGACGAGAGAGGGCACGACGAUCAAGACCAAGGACAUCCACGCGACGGAGGGCGUGGUGCUGUUCGAGUGGGCUUGGCCUGUUCUACGUUAUGCGUGCAGACUGGAGGCCUCACAGUACAUCCUGUUUGUCAAAGCUCUCGCCCUGACCUUCGAAGGCCAUGCCAAGGUUCUCGAGCAGCAGGCAGCCAACAAGAGGGCCAAGAGCUUUCACAAGUGGGCCCAGGACGCGCUGAUCACAGGCGCCUCCCCAGUCUCCGGCAUGACCAAGCUGAAGGGGCGGGCGCACAAUGAGGUAGACAGGUUCGGUAUUCGCUCAGCGCUUCCUCAAGCAGUAGCAGACAGCCAGAUGGACAUGUGGAAUGACAUAUGGCAAGGUACAAAGGUCUCCAAAGCUGCGGAUAAGGACAUCAUCUACAAGGACGUGGGCAGCAUCACCUGUGCCGUCAGCCUCGGCGACAACGAGUUCGACGUCGAGCACAUUGCAGACAGCCAGGACGACCUGGUGAAGCUCAUCCGCACCCUACCAUGCGAGGCCAUGCAG